CCAAAGUCCUAGCCCAUCUAUCUCGCCACUGUUUGCAAAAAACCCUAGCACGAGCCGUGCAGCGCCACCGCCGCCGUCGCCCUAGCAGCACAGCAGCAGUGAAGGCGUCGCCGGUCCGGGAAGAUGACGGCGGAGGGCAAGGGCAAGGGGAAGGUGCUGGACAUCCUCGCGGGCUCCGACGACGACUCCGACGCCCCCGCCGAGGACAACUCCAAGAUCCAGAUCAACGAGGAGUACGCGCGCCGCUUCGAGCACAACAAGCGGCGCGAGGCGCUGCAGCGCCGCGAGGAGCAGAAGAAGAAGGGCCUCAUCGCCGAGUCCGACGACGAGGACUCCGACGACGAGUCCUCGGACGAGGACGUCGCCGCCGCCGCCGCCUCCCGCCGCGUCGACCGCCGCGUGCUUCAGGUCAUCCGCCGCAUCCGCACCGGCGACAGCGCCAUCUUCGACCCGGACGCCAAGGUGUACUCCUCCUCCUCGUCGGAGGACGAGGCCGAGGCCGGCGCGGAGGGGGAGCCCAAGGAGGGGAAGGCCAAGAAGGAGCGGCCGCUGUACCUCAAGGACGUGAACGCGCAGCACCUUCUCGAGGAGGGCCCCGAGUUCGCGGCGCAGACUGGCCGCGGCAACAAGUACGACAGGAUUGCGUACGACGAGCGCCAGAGGGAGGGGCUCAAGGAGUUCCUCGAGGCGGAGAAGAAGGAGGUAGGCGAUGGUGACGGCGAGGAGGACGAUUUGUUCAUGGUGAAGAAGGCUGGUGGAGAUGGCGGUGAGAGCGAAGAGGAUGAAGAUGAGAAGCAGACGGAGGAGCUGGCGGGUGAGGUUUUCGGGAAGGAUGAGGAGCUGGAUGAGAAUGAGAAGUUCUUGAAGGAUUACAUCCUCAACAGGCCGUACCUUGAAACAGGGGCGGGCAAGAACUUCUCUCUGGAUGAUAUCCAGGAGGUGUCGGAGGAAGAGGCUGAGAUACAGGAGUGGGAGGAUUAUGAGGAUAAGUAUAAUGCCCGGGAUUAUAAUUUCCGGCAUGAGGAGAUGGCAGCUUCAGAGGCGCCAGUGACUGAUAGGGUGAUGGGGCAUCCCCGGGUGAUUGAGGGGUCUGUGAGGAAGAAGGAGAGCAGCAGGAAGAAGCAGCGGAAGAGCAAAGAGGAACGGAAUGCACUAGCCAAGCAGCAGCAGGCAGAGGAGCUGAAGCAUCUCAAGAAUCUGAAGAAGAAAGAGAUUGCCGAGAAGCUCGAGAAGAUCCGGAUGAUUGCUGGAAUCGAAGGGGAUGCUGCUUGCAAGCUUGGUGCAGAUGACUUGGAGGAGGACUUUGAUCCAGAGGAUUAUGACAGGAAAAUGCGCGAGAUGUUCAAUGAGAACUACUAUGGUGCUGAUGAGGUUGAUCCUGGGUUUGGAGGUGGGGAUGAUUUUGAUUUGGCCAAACCUGAUUUUGACAAGGAAGAUGAUUUGCUUGGGCUACCUAAAGAGUGGGCUCUUGAUGAUGAUAAUAAAGAAGGGUCUACUGCUAGUGGUGACAAAGCUAUUAGCGAGAAGAAGAAGAAGAAGAAAAAUAAGGAGCUAGCAGAUGAUGAUGAGGUUGGUGAGAAAAGGGAAGGGAAGAUAUCUCGCAAGGACAAAGUGGAGCUUGAGAAGGAGUUUGACGAGUACUAUAAGCUAGACUACGAGGACACCAUUGGAGACCUGAAGACUCGGUUCAAGUAUAGGAAAGUUCAGCCAAACAGUUAUGGCCUGAAGACCUAUGAGAUAUUGCAAGCAGAUGACAGGGAUUUGAACCAAUAUGUUCCCAUAAAGAAGCUAGCACCAUAUAGGGAGGAUGAAUGGGAGCAAGGGUCAAAGGGUGGCGCGCCGAGCUCGGGCCUCCCGAUGUGGAAGCAGGUAUCCAUCUCCGACGCGUUGCUGACUAAUGAGAUACUCGUCAUGAGGAGGAUAGUUGAGAAUGUUGCGCCCCAUCCGAAUGUUAUCAGCCUGCAUGAUGUGUAUGAGGAUGCGAACGGCGUGCACCUUAUCCUUGAGCUGUGCUCUGGUGGUGAGCUUUUCGACAGGAUAAUAGGCCGCGAGCGGUACUCGGAGUUUGAUGCGGCUGCUAUCAUUAGCCAGAUCGCCGGUGGGUUGAAAGCUCUUCACAAGGCGAACAUCAUACACAGAGACUUGAAGCCGGAAAAUUGCCUGUUCACGGACAGAAAAGAAGAUUCCACGUUGAAGAUCAUGGAUUUUGGGUUGAGUUCUGUAGAAGAUUUCAGUGACCCGAUUGUGGCGUUGUUUGGGUCGAUAGAUUAUGUUUCACCAGAAGCACUAUCGAGGCAAGAGGUUUCAGCUGCAAGUGAUAUGUGGUCUGUUGGGGUGAUUCUGUAUAUUCUCUUAUCUGGAUGCCCGCCAUUUCAUGCUCCAACUAAUCUAGAAAAACAUCAAAGGAUCCUCCAAGGUGAAUUCAGUUUUGAGGAGCACACAUGGAAAACAAUAACUUCAUCAGCCAAAGAACUGAUUUCCAGUCUUCUUUCCGUUGAACCUUACAAAAGGCCCACCGCGAGUGAUCUUUUGAUGCAUCCUUGGGUGAUAGGAGACUGUGCCAAGCAAGAUCGAAUGGAUGCAGAGGUUGUCACAAAACUGCAAAGAUUCAAUGCCAGAAGGAAAUUGCGGGCAGCAGCUAUAGCAAGCGUCCUGAGCAGCAAAGUGGCACUGAGGACAAAAAGGCUGAGGAGUCUUUUAGGAACCCAUGAUCUUACCUCGGAAGAGCUAGAUAAUCUGCGUCUUCAUUUCGCACGGAUAUGCGCGGACGGAGAGAAUGCCACGCUAACAGAGUUCGAGCAGGUGCUGAAAGCAAUGAAGAUGGACUCCCUGAUCCCUCUAGCUCCUCGCGUGUUUGAUUUGUUUGACAACAACCGUGAUGGAACCGUCGACAUGAGGGAGAUCCUCUGCGGGCUCUCUAACCUGAGGAACUCACGUGGGGAUGGUGCUCUGCGGCUCUGCUUCCAGAUGUACGAUGAGGACCGGUCAGGCUGCAUCAGCAAGGAAGAGCUGGCGUCGAUGCUCCGGGCCCUGCCCGAGGAGUGCCUUCCGGGUGACAUCGCGGAGCCUGGGAAGCUGGAUGAGAUGUUCGACCAGAUGGACGCCAACGGCGAUGGCAAGAUCACCUUCGACGAGUUCAAGGCUGCGAUGCAGAAGGACAGCUCACUCCAGGACGUGGUCCUCUCGUCGCUGCGGCCCAGCGGGCAUUAGCCAGCCUCCUUCAGAUUAAAUCUGUAGAUGAUGAUCGAAACAAAGCCCCCCUGUCUGUCUGAAUUUCAUUUUCUUGCCAGUGCCAUGUGGCGAACUCAGUGAUGUGAUCGUUUGUUCAAAACGUAUGUUGUGUUGUGACA